CGAAGCGCGACUUUGAAAGAUUCGCCAUCAUCACAACAAUGUCAUCUCUCGCUCUUUGGCGUCAUUACUCAUUGAUUUGAUAGCCCAGCCAUUGAAAUUACGCCGGUGGUGGGUCGUUGAAAAUGCCGGCCGCUACGCGAGCAACAUCAGUUCGCGCCCAGUGGAAAAGCGCUUCUAAACAACCACCUAACUUGCCCCGUUCCACUCGACAAACCCGGAGCCGCAGCAGGGAAUUGGGUGGAAUAGAUCAUGCGCCUGCUUCCCCCUCCAAAUCUGUUGCCACUUCAGUGAACUCAGAUGAUUCCGAUGUUGAUCUAUCUCAUACUCCAGUAAAGAACAAUCGAGCUGGAAAUGUUAGGUCUAAGACUCGCAACUAUGAAUUGUCCCCUGUCUAUGAAAGCCCUCGUAAGAAUGCUGCCGGCAGGUUUAACACAGACCUUACGAGGCAAAACUCGAGACGCAGCGAACGAUCUGUUCCUGAAUCACCUGUCGACCAUUUCAAUAUCACGGGGACAACCCUGCUCGCUACAGAUUCCGAACAUGAAUCGCGAGAAUUAGAUCCCAGUAUAAUGAUCGAGGCAUUACCCGACCUAGAUACUUCUACAAAGAAUGCUCUACGAAUCCUAGUUCCGCAGGCCUUUUCCCUCACGACUCUACUUAAAAAUCUUAAAAACGCCACCUUCAGAGCAAGAGUCAAGCGUAUACGGGACACGUUUGAGACCCAAAAGAAGUACUUUGGCGGUCAGCACUUUAUUACCGUCGAAGCUGCAGUAAACAUGCUCCCAUCCUUGAAACACAUUCCGUGGUAUCCAGACGAGUUCAUCCAAAAAGCCAAUCUUGUGCAGUUUGCAUUAGAUCUCAUCCCGUUGCGUGGGAACAUGUCUCCUUUCUCAGAAUAUCAUCUCUCAGACCUCGAUGAAUCAUUCCCGGCGUUAUUCAUAAGUUCGUUCUUGUCACCAGAAGACGAUCGAAUUACAACGCCAGGGCAAAGCGCUCUGCUCGACGAAACUUUCCAAUUGGGCCUAGAACUACGCACACAACGUGCCAUUGCGGAGCUCCGAUCGGGGGAACAAGAAAUAAAUGUUGAAUUCGCCCCGGACAGUAUACUGGAAACUGUCUUUACCGCGUUUGCGAAAAGCGGUGAUGAGUCUGAAAGAUUACUCGGCUGGAAAAUCAGCGGCCUACGUGACGAGGGUGGCGGAAUCCCCGAGCGAUUCUACGAAAAAGUUCUCGAGCGGCGAGCGUCAAUUCGAAAGACAUUUAACGUGGAUGAGACCACCACUUUCGUUCACUUUGACGAACUGGAAUCCACGUUUCCUUGGUCGGAAUUCGUUGUCCAGGCAUGCAAGUGGAUUCGCAUGAGAGCAAACGAAAUUGAUGAGCAAUUAGAGAAGCAAGCAUCUCUUAAUGAGGCUGUUGAGAUCCUACAAAUUGAAGUAGAUCGCCGAUCAAGCCUUGACCAACAAAGUAUCGCUUCCAUUCCCAAAUCGACAACUUCUGCCCCUUCUGUCACCGACACAGUAGGCGUCGAACAAGCGGAUGUUCAGAAACCACAGAUAACGGAAUCCACAAGCACCAGGAAGUCUAUGCUCUCUAUUGGAAAAGGAUUUUUCAAGUCUAAAGCCUUCGUGUCGCACUUGGUGAAUCUUCAGGCCAGGGUGGGCUCUGCAGCUAGUAAUGUACGGGUUGAUCAACCUUCGGGAAGUCCACAAACAGAGGCUGUCGCAGCAGCCCGCGAUUCGACCCCACAUGUCAAUGAUGGUGAACAAUCUCCAAGCAGACUUAGCGGGUCUCACAAAGCCAGUGCUCAUGGAUUUCGCCAAAGCUCUACCCCAGGCGAGCGCACACGUCCAGCACUACUUGGCGGAUCGCCCCGUCCAUCUCCGUCGGAAAUCGUCAAGAUAGCUGAACGUCAACGGCUUGCUACUUCUUCUCAACGGCAAAGACCAACUUUUAAAACCCCCCCAGCGGCCUUUAUUGAUCGCCAAGCUGACGCUCGUAGAUUGUCUCCAAUCGGUUCUAGCCAAUUAGCAUCAUCUGAUAGAAGCCGUUUAAUUGGUCGUUCCAAGAAACGACACGCUUCUGAAGUUGAGGAGGACGAAGGGCAUGCGGAAGAACGCACCCAAUUCUCCGAAGAAGAAGGCUUCGAAGCAGACACUCGCAAUAUCCGAGUUGAGAAGAAACGUGCAUCCAUUGCGGGACUACAAGGUCGGAAGCGACGACGAGUUGAAACAGCAACUCCCUGCCCAUCAGCCACGCCCCCAAGACAGUCGCAGAAUCUCGAAAGCCGACAGGGUGGUCGAGUUGAGUCAGAAUCAGUAGAAUUCACAAACGUUGUGGGAAAUAUACCCCCAGCCAGCACUGCUCCUGAAAUAAAUCGACGGGUGCGGAAACCAGGUGGUGGUAGGAUCCCAUGGUCCGUAGAUGAAUGCAAUCAGCUUAAAAAUAUGAUUGUCAGAUAUGGACCCAAGUGGGCGAAAAUCAAACAAGUUGACGACAGUUUGGAACAUCCGAAGUUGAUCAUUCGAGAUCAGGUGAAUCUGAAAGAUAAAGCAAGACAGAUGGCUGUCGAUUACUACAAGGCCGGCCAACCACUUCCUGAAAACUUCGAAAAGGUUCCUCUCAAAACUGAAGAUAAACGCAAAUUACGAGAAAUGGGGAUUACGAUUUUUGAAGAUAUGCUUGAAAGGGAUUGAUAUGACUCCUUUCCUUAAGCGGAAUUCAGGUUGACCCCAUAAUGAUGAAAUUUUCCAUUUCUACUUCAUUUCAAGUGGGACAUUCAGCUUUAACUCCGAUAUAUAUUUAUUUUUAAUAUUGCAGGAAGCAAGGGAUUCUGAAGGCGUUGAAGUUGGCUUUUCUGACACUUUACUGGGCUGGACAAUAGGUGUUUUGGUUUUCAAAUUGAUGAUACCCCACACUUCGUUUCUGUUUGCUUCAUAUGGCAUUGAAAAGAUGGUCAAGGCUGUGAAUGGAUUCUCAGUUGCUUUGCUCCCUUGCUUUUCUACCCGUACAUAGGUUCCUCAAACUUUGGAAAAUUCAUGUGUCCAUUCACUUUAUCCUACCUGUGAACCUCUCCUCCUAUAUGUUUUUGAAACGCUCAUGGUAACCUAAAGGCAUAUCAUAUCUUCAAGCAUCCUCCUUGCAACUAGGAACACUCAACACCCGCUCUAUGCAUUCCAGCUCAUCUCACAUAUCUGGCUUACUCAAGAUAACAUUCGUGCCAGGCCAUAUGAGAGCUUCGUUACAACCGAUGGGAGCUUUCUUUAGCAUCAAAUCAGGACCUUGGAGCGGCCUGUCUGCAAAGUUUCAGAGCAGACGCCAAAGUGCCCGCUAAGGCAUGAUACUUGC